UGAAGCGCCCAACGUUGCUUCUGCUGCACGCGACCCUUCCCAAAAUGAGACUUGCGUUGACGUUAUUACGGCGAAAAAUGCCCAAUGGAAACAUCUUCAUUGGGAAAAACAGAAUAACGCCAAAAAUAAAGGAAGGACACAUGGCAGGUUUAAAGAAGAGAUUACAACAAGAAGAAGAGAAUAUGUUUUAUCUGCGGCAUCCGUAUCUAACUCUGGACCAGUCAUGGGGCCAUGCCAAGGAACUAGGAAAGCAUGAAAGUUGGUUACAAAAAAAGAAUAUGGAAAGACAGAAAUACAAGCCAGAUGUAACCAUUGAGGAGAGAUACAAGAACCUUCGCAAUGCAGAUGUUUGGGAUUAAUUAAAUACUGAGUUAUUACAUAUUUAGUUUUGCUGUAUAUACAUGUUUGUUUUUGAAAUUUGUAAAUCAUGUAUCAAUAAAUUAGGUAAGGAAAACUACUUAUGA